CACCUAUCACUCACCUGCUCCCGCGUUACCUCCUCAGGGAACGGCAACAGACGUCUGCGCUCGGCGUUGGACAGUUUACAGUUUUGGAAACCAGCGGUUGUACCUCACAACAAAAGGUCACGAAUAUCGAUAAUAUCCAGAGGAGUUUAUUUGUUGAUCGGCCGCAGGCUGUGAACGCAGGCUGAUGCUUCAGGAGCUGUCUCGCCCACGUUUGUCACCUUGAGCAUCCCGUCCGGAAAACACCACUGUGAGUUCCUGUGGAUGCCUUAAAUCAUGAGUGCCCUGGGACCUCAGUCGAGGCAAGCCAAUGGAGUGGCCAGAUCGGACAGCAAGAUCAGCGCCAAGGCCCUCUACGAACAGAGGAAGAAAUACUCCAACUCCAACUUUAUCAUGCAUGAGACGUCGCAGUAUCAUGUUGAGCACCUCUCUACGUUCAUUAUGGAUAAGACAGAGUCCAUUGCCACAGUGGACGAUGCCAUUAAGAAACUGGUCCUUCUGGAUUCAAAGGACAAAAUAUGGACGCAGGAGAUGCUCCUCCAGGUCACAGACAAGGCGGUCAGGCUGCUGGACUGUGACACACAGGAAGAGUUGGAGAACUUUCCUCUCUCCACCAUCCACAUGUCUCAGACAGUGCUGAAUCAGACACGUUACCCCUCUGUGCUGCUGCUCGUGUGUCAGGACAAGGAGCAGCACAGACCUGACAUCCACUUCUUCCACUGUGAUGAGGUGGAGGCUGAGAUGGUUCAUGCGGAUAUAGACAGUGCCAUUGGAGACAACAAGCAUGGAAAGAAAAUGAGGCUUCAGACUCUGAAGGUGAACCAGGAGAAAAUGAAGCGUCACAGGGAAACCAUCCUCCCACCCUCGGCUCCCAAGGGCCCUUCACCUGCUCCUAAGGGACGAGUGGCAGCCACAAACACACAGGAUAGACGAGCCUCCGGACAAAAUGACACAGAGUCACAUGAAACUCUGGCCCAGCGUAUUGAGAAGGAUGUGCAAAUCCUCAACUGUGCCCUGGAUGACAUAGAAAUCUUUGUGGCACGGCUGCAAAAGGCAGCAGAAGCGUUUUCCCAGCUCAACCAGCGCAACAAGAGUAAGAAGAAUAAGAAGAAAGGACCAGCAGAGGGCAUGCUGACCCUCCGAGCAAAGCCCCCCUCUGAAGCAGAGUUCAUUGAUAGCCUGCAGAAACUGAAGCUGGCCUUGAACCUCUUGGCCAAACUGAAGAAACACAUACAGAAUCCAAGUGCGUCUGAGCUGGUUCAUUUCCUCUUUGGCCCUCUGGAGCUGGUGCUGCAGAGCUGUGGGAGCCCUGAACUGGCACGUUCAGUCAUCUCUCCUCACCUUUCCAAAGAUGCUGUUGACUUCCUGCGGGGACACCUCAUCCCCAAAGAGAUGACCAUCUUUGAGCUUCUGGGGGAUGGCUGGACCAAACCCAGAGCAGAGUGGCCCAGGGAUCAGUGUGCUCCUCCCUAUUACCCAAAGUUCCGUAACGGCUGGGAGCCGCCGGCAGAGCUCUUCAGAACAGCCCCAUGGGAAACAGAGGGGCCCACAGGGCCUCUGGGCCCCGGGCCCACCAGCCCUGAUUACAGGAAACAUUCAGAGGACUUUUAUGGAACUCAUUCCUCAAGCUCAUCUAAUGGGUCUUACAACGGGAAGCCCCACACGCGCAAAUAUGCCAAAAUUCUCUACCACUUUGUUGCGCGGAAUGCCAACGAGCUGUCAGUGCUGCAGGAUGAAAUCCUCGAGGUGAUAGAAGAUGACAAACAGUGGUGGAAACUACGGAAUCGAAGCGGCCAGGCCGGCUACGUCCCAUUUAACAUCCUGGAUGUUGUGAAGGUAGAGGAUCCAGAGGGCAUCUUCAACCAGCAAGGCUACAGGACGUCACCUCCUCUGAGCCCUGGGAACAGUUUCAACAUGGGUAGACCCCAAGACAAAAUGAUGGAUGAGGUCAAGAAUGAGUUAUUGAAGACGAUCACUGCUAACAAAAGCCAGCUGCCUGCCAGGAAGUUCCGUGUGGAGCGAUCAUUGGGCAGCCAAGUGCCACUCACCUUUGACUCAAACCCAGAGCAGGUGACCACGUGGCUCAACUCAAAAGGUUUCUCAAAACCGACGGUUGAAUGUUUAGGGAUCCUGACUGGAGCCCAACUGUUUUCCCUUAACAAAGAAGAACUGAAGGCAGUGUGUGGAGACGAAGGUGGCCGUGUCUACUGUCAAGUCACUGUCCAGAAAACACAGCUAGAGAAGACCAGUGGAGACUCAGAGCUGCAGGAGAUCAUGAAGCGGAGACAGGAGAGAAUCGACUCUGGCAGCAAAGACUGAACCUGCCGACCAGCAUGACCUACCUAGACGCUUCCUCUCACUCACAGCUUUCUAACUGCAGCAGCCUCUUAAAUCACUCUGCUGUUAAUUAUGACCUACAGUAGAACAUACAGAAAUGUUGUAUAAAUUUUAAUUGUAUAUUUAUUUUGUAUCAUGCAAUGUGUAUGUAUUCAAGUGUUCUUCAUCUAAUUAUGAGGCUUUUAUUUUCAUUGUCUCUUUAGAUUUUGCCGUUGAAGAUGUUUGUGUAUGAACAGAGGAACAUAUGAAAUUACAGUGGGUACAAAAAGUAUUCAGACCCCCUUAAAUUUUUCACUGUUAUAUUGCAGCCAUUUGCUAAAAUCAUUUAAGUUCAUUUUUUUUCCUCAUUAAUGUACACACAGCACCCCAUAAUGACAGAGAAACACAA